UUGGCAACAAAUUCUCCUCUGCGUGGUAAAUUGUAGCGAAUUUACGUUUACAUUAGUAGUAUUGUGACUAUAUUUACAUUUAAUAUUUGUUUUUGUGUCAAAUUUUUCGUACUUGAUUUUGAAAUUUCAUUAGAUUAGACCAUUUAAUAUAAUCUCAUCAACCGGAACACUGGUUUCGUAGUAUUAUGUUAUUUUAGUGUCUAUUUUCGCACUCAGUCUUGUAAUCUGAUUAAUCAUGCCGCAAUAUUUCCAGAGGCCAGAAAAUGCUCUUAAGCGAGCAAAUGAAUUUAUCGACGUUGGUAAGAAGCAAAGAGCACUUGAUGCUCUUUGCGAUGUCAUUAAAAGUCGUAAACACCGAACAUGGCAAAAGAUCCAUGAACCUAUUAUGAGCAAGUAUCUUGGACUUUGUGUUGAAUUGAAGAAAAGUCAUGUUGCAAAAGAAGGUUUGUUUCAGUAUCGUAAUAUUUGUCAACAGGUUAAUAUUAAGUCUUUAGAAGAUGUUGUAAGAGGGUAUCUUGCUCUUGCUGAAGAGAAAACAGAGUCUGCUAGAGAAGAAUCUCAGCAAGUAGUAGUAGAUAUUGAUGAUUUAGACCAAGUCCAGACUCCAGAAAAUUUGCUUUUAAGUGCUGUCAGCUCUGAGGAUACUCAAGACAGAACAGAUCGUGUUGUUCUUACCCCUUGGGUGAAAUUUUUAUGGGAAUCUUAUCGACAUUGUCUGGAAUUGUUAAGAAAUAACUCAAGAGUUGAGCGCUUGUAUCAUGAUAUUGCACAACAAGCAUUUCGAUUUUGUCUGAAAUAUAAUCGAAAAACCGAAUUCAGGAAGUUAUGUGACAAUUUGAGGGCUCAUUUAGGGCAUAUACACAAGCACCAAAACCAACAAACAUCAGUAAAUCUAAACAAUCCUGAAAGCCAGGCUAUGCAUUUAGAAACUAGACUUGUUCAGCUUGAUAGUGCCAUUCAGAUGGAGCUGUGGCAGGAAGCAUACAAAGCUAUUGAGGAUAUUCAUGGAUUAAUGAGCUUGUCUAAGAAAGCCCCCAAUCCACGUCUAAUGGCUAACUAUUAUCAGAAGCUUGCCUUGGUGUUUUGGAAAAGUAACAACUACUUAUUCCACGCAGCAGCUUUGUUCCGAUUAUUCUAUCUUUCUAGAGAGCAAAAGAAAAAUAUAACAGCUGAUGAAAUCUUGAAAAUGGCAUCAAGAGUUGUUUUAGCUACUCUUGCUGUUCCUAUGCCUCCAAUUCGUUCGGAUAUAGAUCGUCUUGUCGAAACUGAUGAAAAUGUAAUUGACAAAAAUCAUCGUUUAUUGUCUACUCUUUUGGGAUUGCCAAACCCUCCUACUAGAGCCCUAUUGAUCAAGGAUCUUGUUCGUUUUGGAAUAAUCCAAAGUGCACCAUCUCAACUGCAAGAUUUAUACAGAUGGUUGGAAACAGAGUUCCAUCCUCUUAAACUAUGUUCAAGGGUUCAACAAUCUUUUGAACUAUUGAUUAAAUGGGAAGAAUUUCCUGAGCUCCGACAAUAUAUCCCUUCUAUCCAAGAAAUAACCGUUGUCAGAUUGGUCAAAGAAGUAUCUCAAGUGUAUCAAACUAUCAAAUUUUCUCGUUUGUUGGAGUUAGCUCCAUUUGUGAAACCGUUUGAUUUGGAAUAUUUGGUAGUUGAAAUUGCUCGAAGAAAUGAUUUGCAAGUUAGAAUUGAUCAUAGGAAAGAGUGUUUCCACUUUGGCUCAGAAUUGAAUGUUUCUCAAAGAGAAGAAAUCAUAGAAGGCCCCCAGUUGCAAAGCAUGCCAAGUGAACAAAUGCGUAAUCAACUUGUCUACAUACAUUCUGUUUUGAACAAAGCUGUCAACUACCUUCUUCCUGAUAAGAAGAAACUUGAAAGAAAAGAGUUGUCUAAAGAAAUUGUGAAAGCUUACAUGCACACAUCUUCUAAAGAUCACAUGAGAAUUCUUAAUCGACAGCAAAUUAUUGAGGAAAGAAAAGAAAUGCUUGAGAAUCUUAAUUAUCAGAAAGAAGUUGAAGAGCGCAAGCUUCUUGAAGACAAACAUCAAAAGUUGCGAGAAGCUGAGAAAGAAAGAAUGGCUAGAGAAACUGAAGAAAGAACCAAACAGAGGUUAUUGCGUGAACAAUCAGAAAUGAAAAGAAAAGUGGUAAUGGAGAAAAUUGAGCAACUGAAAAAGACUGAAAUUGGUUCUAAGAUAUUUGAUGGAAUGGAUGAAGAGGAAUUAGAAAAGUUAGAUCCAGAUGAUUUGUUGCAUAAGCAUGUCGAGCAGUUAGACAGAGAACGUAAGGAACUUCAGGCUAAAUUAAGAAAACAAGAACGUAAAGUCGAUCAUUUGGAAAGAGCUAAAAGGAUCGAGGAAGUACCUUUGCUACUUGCUGAAUAUGAUGAACAUAAAGCGAAAGAUAAAGAUUUCUGGGAGCAACAUGAAAAAGAAAGAAUUACUACCAUUAUCGAAGAAAGAGCUCUUGCUGUACAAUAUCGGGAUCGACUCAUGCGAUUGAAAGAUGAUAGAGAUAAAUUCCUUGAUCGUUUGAAGAAAGCACGUGCAUCUGUUUACCAAGAGAAACUUGCUGAAUUUGAAAAAGUAUUAACUGAAGAAAGGAAAAAGCGUUUAGAAGAACGUAAACAGAAACGAAAAGAAGAACGAAGACUUGAAAGAAUCAAACUUCAAGAGGAAAAGAAGCAGCAGAUGAUUGCAGAAGCAAUGAAACGUGAAAGAGAAGAAGCACUAGCAAAAUUGGAAGAGAUGGAAGCGAAGAAAAGGGCAAAGGAAAAAGAAAUUGAGGAAAGGUUAAAACGCGAAAAAUUAGAGCUAGAAAAGAAGCAAGAAGAAGAACGUACAGCCCUCCGAAAUAAAGAGAAACCUCUAGAAACCACAAGACCAGCUUCCAAUUGGCGAGAACGUGAACAACUUAAAAAAGAAAGUUGGGGUCCACGUGAUGAUAGAACAAAUCGAGAUGACAGAAGUAGUAGAGAAGAUAGACCUUUAAGAGAUGAUAGAAGUAGUAGAGAAAAAAGUGGUGCAGAUAAUGAAGCUCGUGAUUGGCGAAGCAGAGCUGAGGGAGCCGCUUCUACGACAGAGGAUAGAGAUUGGAAAAAACCUAAAGAGGACACCUGGAGAAGGGAUGAGAAACCUGCUACUUAUCAAAGACCUGCUUUCAGAGAUGAUCUUAGAUCAGAUAGCAGCAGAGAUCGUAGGGAUAGAGAGGAGACAACCAAUUGGAGAUCUGCAGCACCUGCUGCCCGUAGGGAAGGCGAUAGAGAAGUCAAGAGAUAUCCGGAGAGUCAAAGAGAUAAAGAUCGUUCUGAUGGCAGAGAUAGAGGAUUAGGGGGAUCAAACUUUUCACGUGACCGAGAUUCUUACCGACGAGAUGAUACAUCUGACCGUAGAGGAGAGAAACGAGAUGGCUUCGGUUCCCGAAAUGAAGGCUCUGGUGGAUACAGAUCUAGAAAUGAUGGUCCGGGUGGUUACAGCUCUCGUGGUGAUGGUUUUGGUUCCAGAAAUGAAGGUGGAUCAGAUAAAGCUCCUGAAGGCGGCAGUUGGAGAUCUGGUGGAGGUGGAACCUCUGCUGGAGGAUCUUGGAGAUCUGGUGGAGGUGGAAGGGAAAAUGAAGAUCGUUCUGAUAGAAAGCCUGCACCUAGAGGAGACUUUAAUCGUAGUAGAGAUAAACCUAGAGAACCUGAUGAUGAUGGUUUUGUACCAGUUAGACGAUAGGAUUCUUGAACCUUCAUAGAUCAAUUCACCAAGCUCUAAGAUCAGAAAAAAAAUAUUGAUUUUCCAGAAUUUAUAGAAUAUCUACUUCAAAUUAGAUAAGAAUUGAUUUUUCAGAAAUAAUAUUGUUGUAUUGUUAAUUUCAUCGAAUUACUUGAUUUAUCAUAUAGACUGUUUUCUUUUAUAUUUGAAAAGCUAAAAUUAUAGAAUUCUGUACUAAAGUUUAUUUCCCUUUCAACUAAAUAUGUUAUUUACCUUUUGUAGUUACGCUGGCUUUGUAAAUUUGUUGACUUCCAAAUUAUUUUUUAACUAGCUUCAUUGAAUUGUAUGCAUAUUGCUGAGCAAAUUUAUAAUUUUUGGGUUGUCAAAUGAAUUAUAAUAAUAAAAUGAUAUGAAAAAAUU